GUUAAAACACUUGUCUUCUGAGCUGGGGCUGAUAAGGUGAGACAUGGGUGACGCUACUAUGAAGGAGUUUGGGGCUGCUGCUCCGUAUCUGAGGAAAUCCGACAAGGAGCGUCUGGAGGCCCAAACCCGUCCGUUUGACAUGAAGAAGGAAUGUUUUGUGCCUGAUCCUGACGAGGAGUAUGUGAAGGCUUCGGUUAUCAGUCGUGAGGGGGAUAAAGUCACUGCUCAGACAGAGAAAGGAAAGACCGUCACCGUGAAGGAGUGUGACGUUCACCCUCAGAAUCCGCCAAAGUUUGAUAAAAUUGAAGACAUGGCGAUGUUCACCUUCCUCCAUGAGCCAGCUGUGCUGUUUAACCUCAAAGAGCGCUACGCAGCAUGGAUGAUCUAUACCUACUCUGGGUUGUUCUGUGUGACGGUCAAUCCCUACAAGUGGCUGCCAGUCUAUAACCAAGAGGUGGUUGUUGCCUAUAGAGGAAAGAAGAGGAGUGAAGCUCCUCCUCACAUCUUCUCCAUCUCUGAUAAUGCCUACCAGUACAUGCUGACUGACAGAGAAAACCAGUCUAUCCUCAUCACCGGAGAAUCUGGUGCUGGGAAAACUGUCAACACCAAGAGAGUCAUUCAGUACUUUGCCAGCAUUGCUGCUGGUGGGAAAAAAGAAGGGAGCACAGACAAAAAGGGUACCCUGGAGGAUCAAAUCAUCCAGUGUAACCCAGCUUUGGAGGCCUUUGGAAAUGCAAAAACCAUUAGGAAUGACAACUCUUCCAGAUUUGGGAAAUUCAUCCGUAUCCAUUUUGCAGCCAGUGGAAAACUGGCCUCAGCUGAUAUUGAGACAUAUCUGCUAGAAAAGUCCCGAGUCGUCUUUCAGCUGAAGGCUGAGAGAGAUUAUCACAUCUUCUAUCAGAUUCUGUCACAGAGGAAACCUGAGCUGCUUGAAAUGCUGCUUAUUACCAACAACCCCUAUGACUACGCCUUCAUCUCCCAAGGAGAGACGACCGUAGCCUCCAUUAAUGAUGCUGAAGAGCUUCUUGCCACUGAUGAGGCCUUUGAUGUGCUGGGUUUUACUCAAGAGGAGAAGAAUGGCAUUUACAAGCUCACUGGUGCCAUCAUGCACCAUGGUAACAUGAAGUUCAAGAACAAGCAGCGUGAAGAGCAGGCAGAAGCAGAUGGCACUGAAGAUGCUGACAAAGUCUCUUAUCUGAUGGGCCUGAACUCUGCCGACCUCAUCAAAGGUCUCUGUCACCCAAGAGUCAAAGUGGGAAACGAGUGGGUCACCAAGGGACAGAAUGUUCAGCAGGUGAACUAUGCUGUUGGAGCGCUGUCUAAGGCGGUGUAUGAGAAGAUGUUUCUGUGGAUGGUAGUGAGGAUUAACCAGUCCUUGGACACCAAGCAGCCCCGUCAGUACUUCAUUGGUGUACUGGACAUUGCUGGAUUUGAGAUCUUUGAUUUCAACACCUUCGAGCAGCUGUGCAUCAACUUCACCAACGAAAAACUGCAACAGUUUUUCAACCACCACAUGUUUGUGCUGGAGCAGGAGGAAUACAAGAAGGAGGGAAUUGAAUGGACUUUCAUUGACUUUGGUAUGGAUCUGCAGGCCUGCAUCGAUCUGAUAGAAAAGCCCAUGGGUAUCAUGUCCAUCCUGGAAGAGGAGUGCAUGUUUCCCAAAGCCAGCGAUGCCACCUUUAAAGCUAAGCUUUAUGACAACCACCUGGGGAAGUCCAGUAACUUCCAGAAGCCAAGGAUCGUCAAAGGAAAACCAGAGGCCCAUUUUGCCCUGAUGCACUAUGCUGGAACUGUUGAUUAUAACAUCAACAACUGGCUGGUGAAGAACAAGGAUCCUCUAAAUGAGACCGUUGUUGCGCUGUACCAGAAGUCCAACCUCAAACUGCUCGCUACACUCUUUGCAAAUUAUGCAGGAGCUGAUUCAGAAAGUGGAAAAGGUGGCAAAGGAGGAGGAAGCAAGAAAAAGGGGUCAUCUUUUCAAACAGUUUCGGCCUUGCACAGGGAGAACCUGAACAAACUGAUGACCAACUUGAGGUCCACCCACCCCCACUUUGUACGCUGCAUCAUCCCCAAUGAGACCAAGACUCCUGGGGCCAUGGAGAACCCUCUGGUGAUGCACCAGCUGCGCUGUAACGGUGUUCUGGAAGGCAUCCGGAUCUGCAGGAAGGGCUUCCCUAACAGGAUCCUCUACGGAGAUUUCAAGCAGAGAUAUCGCAUCCUGAAUCCUGCUGCCAUCCCUGAAGGACAGUUCAUUGACAGCAGGAAGGGAGCAGAGAAACUGCUUGGCUCUCUGGACAUUGACCACAACCAGUACAAGUUUGGUCACACUAAGGUGUUCUUUAAAGCUGGACUUCUCGGUCAACUGGAGGAGAUGAGGGACGAUCGGUUGUCACUGAUUAUCACUGGAAUUCAGGCAAGAUCAAGGGGUUUGCUGGCAAGAAUGGAAUUUCAGAAGAUAGUUGAAAGAAGGGAUGCGCUGCUUGUGAUCCAGUGGAACAUCCGUGCUUUCAUGGGGGUCAAGAAUUGGCCCUGGAUGAAGUUGUUCUUCAAGAUCAAACCUCUUCUGAGAUCUGCUGAGGCAGAAAAGGAGAUGGCCAACAUGAAGGAAGAAUUCCUGAAGCUUAAAGAGGCUUAUGCAAAGUCUGAAGCUCGUAGGAAGGAACUAGAGGAGAAAACGGUCUCUCUUCUCCAAGAGAAGAACGACCUGCAGCUCCAAGUUCAAGCUGAGCAAGAUAAUCUUGCUGAUGCUGAAGAGCGAUGUGAGGGGCUGAUCAAGAACAAAAUUCAGAUGGAAGCAAAAGCAAAAGAGCUGUCUGAGAGACUAGAGGACGAGGAGGAAAUAAAUGCUGAGCUGACUGCUAAGAAAAGGAAGUUAGAGGACGAGUGCUCUGAGUUAAAGAAAGACAUAGAUGACCUAGAAUUAACUCUGGCAAAAGUGGAGAAGGAGAAACAUGCUACUGAGAACAAGGUCAAGAACCUGGUUGAGGAGAUGGCUGCUUUGGAUGAAAUCAUUGCCAAGCUGACCAAGGAAAAGAAAGCCUUACAGGAAGCUCAUCAGCAAACGCUGGAUGACCUGCAGAGUGAGGAAGACAAAGUCAACACUCUGACCAAGGCCAAGGCCAAGCUGGAGCAGCAAGUGGACGAUCUUGAAGGAUCCCUGGAGCAAGAGAAGAAAAUUAGGAUGGACCUCGAGAGGGCAAAGAGGAAGCUGGAAGGAGAUCUAAAGUUGGCCCUGGAGAGUCUAAUGGACUUGGAGAAUGAUAAACAGCAACUCGAAGAGCAUCUUAAAAAGAAAGACUUCGAACUCAGUCAACUCAAUAAUAAAAUAGAGGAUGAGCAAGCCAUUGCUAUUCAGCUUCAAAAGAAACUGAAGGAGCUUCAGGCCCGUAUAGAGGAGCUGGAGGAAGAGCUGGAGGCAGAGCGAGCUGCUCGAGCCAAGGUGGAGAAGCAGAGAGCAGACCUGGCCAGAGAGCUGGAGGAGAUCAGCGAGAGGCUGGAGGAGGCUGGAGGAGCCACAGCCGCCCAGAUCGAGAUGAACAAGAAGAGGGAGGCUGAGCUCCAGAAGCUGCGCAGAGACCUUGAAGAGGCCACGCUGCAGCAUGAAGCCACCACCGCUGCACUCAGGAAGAAACAAGCUGACAGCGUUGCUGACCUGGGAGAGCAGAUCGACAACCUGCAGAGAGUCAAGCAGAAACUGGAGAAGGAGAAGAGCGAGCUCAAACUGGAGCUUGAUGACGUGGUCUCCAACAUGGAGCAUAUUGUGAAGACAAAGACCACUCUGGAGAAAACAUGCAGGACUCUAGAAGAUCAGAUGAAUGAAUACAAGACUAAGUUUGAAGAGGCUCAGCGAUGCAUCAAUGACCUCAACAUGCAAAAAGCUAAACUUCAAACAGAAAAUGGUGAGCUCUCAAGGCAGCUGGAAGAAAAGGACUCGCUGGUAUCUCAGCUAACAAGAGGGAAAAUGUCCUACACUCAACAGGUUGAAGACCUUAAGAGACAACUAGAGGAGGAGACUAAGGCCAAGAACGCAUUAGCCCAUGCUGUGCAGUCUGCUCGUCAUGACUGUGACCUCCUCAGGGAGCAGUAUGAGGAGGAGCAGGAGGCCAAGGCUGAACUGCAGCGCGGCAUGUCCAAGGCCAACUCUGAGGUGGCUCAGUGGAGAACCAAGUAUGAAACUGAUGCCAUCCAGAGGACCGAGGAACUGGAGGAAGCAAAGAAGAAGCUGGCUCAGCGUCUGCAGGAGGCCGAGGAGGCCGUUGAAGCGGUGAAUGCUAAAUGUUCCUCUCUGGAGAAGACCAAACACAGGCUGCAGAAUGAGAUCGAAGAUCUCAUGGUGGAUGUGGAGAGGUCCAACGCUGCUGCUGCUGCUCUGGACAAGAAGCAAAGAAACUUUGACAAGGUCCUGUCUGAGUGGAAGCAGAAGUACGAAGAGUCUCAGUGUGAGCUGGAGAGCUCCCAGAAGGAAGCCAGGGCUCUGAGCACCGAGCUCUUCAAACUGAAAAACUCCUAUGAAGAGUCUCUGGACCACCUGGAGACCAUGAGGAGGGAGAACAAGAAUUUACAAGAGGAGAUUUCUGACCUCACUGAGCAACUUGGUGAGAGUGGGAAAAAUAUUCACGAACUGGAAAAGUUGAGAAAACAAUUGGAUCAGGAGAAGAGUGAGAUCCAAUCUGCUCUUGAAGAAGCGGAGGCCUCCUUAGAGCAUGAAGAGGGCAAGAUAUUACGAGCGCAGCUAGAGUUUAACCAAAUUAAAGCUGACAUUGAACGCAAACUGGCUGAGAAAGAUGAAGAGAUGGAGCAGUGCAAGAGGAACAUGCAGAGGACAAUCGAUACCCUGCAGAGCUCUCUUGAGGCUGAGUGUCGCAGCAGGAACGAAGCUCUCCGCUUGAAGAAGAAGAUGGAGGGAGACCUGAAUGAGAUGGAGAUCCAGCUGAGCCAAGCCAACAGGCAGGCGGCCGAAGCUCAGAAACAACUCAAGUCUGUUCAUGCUCACCUGAAGGAUUGCCAAAUUCAGCUGGACGAGUCGGUACGAGCUAACGAUGAUCUCAAAGAGAACAUCGCCAUCGUUGAGAGACGCAACAACCUGCUCCAGGCUGAGCUGGAGGAACUGAGAGCAGCUCUGGAGCAAACCGACAGAAGUCGUAAACUCGCUGAGCAAGAGUUGCUGGAUGUCAGCGAGAGGGUGCAGCUGCUGCACUCCCAGAACACCAGCCUGAUUAACCAGAAGAAGAAACUGGAGGCUGAUUCAGUCCAGCUUCAAACCGAAGUGGAGGAGGCGGUGCAGGAAUGCAGGAACGCUGAAGAGAAGGCCAAGAAGGCCAUCACUGAUGCUGCCAUGAUGGCAGAGGAGCUGAAGAAAGAGCAGGACACCAGCGCUCACCUGGAGCGCAUGAAGAAGAACAUGGAGCAGACCAUCAAAGACCUGCAGCACCGUCUGGAUGAAGCUGAGCAGAUCGCCAUGAAGGGAGGCAAGAAGCAGGUGCAGAAGCUCGAGGCCCGGGUGAGAGAGCUUGAAAGCGAAGUGGAGUCAGAGCAGAAGAAGAGCAGUGAAGCUGUGAAGGGAAUCCGCAAAUAUGAGAGACGCAUCAAGGAGCUGACGUAUCAGACCGAGGAGGACCGAAAGAAUGUUGCACGCCUGGAAGAUCUGGUUGACAAACUGCAGCUGAAGGUCAAGGCCUACAAGAGAGCUGCUGAGGAAGCUGAGGAGCAGGCUAACACCCACCUUGGCAAGUUCCGCAAGCUGCAGCACGAGCUGGACGAGGCGGAGGAGAGAGCUGACAUCGCCGAGUCUCAGGUCAACAAGAUGCGUGCCAAGAGCCGUGAUGUGGGGUCAAAGAGGGGGCUGGAUGAGGAGUGAAUCUCGCUGACGGCCACCUCAGACCUCUGGGAUCUUCUGUUCUGAUCCUCUUUGUCUGCAAACUAAUUCUGUAGAAUAAAGCAAAAUGCUUUCGGUGUAA